AUGACACGGCUCUCCGACCUGCUGGGGCAGCAGGACUCGUCCGUCGAAAAGGUUGAAGCUGCGUUGGACUAUUUGGUGGCAAAACGGCAAUCGCUCUACGACCUCGAUAGCAGCAUCGCCCAGGAAACCCCCGAAGAUCAGCUGGGAGCGGAACUUGACAGUGCGCUCCAGUACGAGGAAGGUAUCGAGGGAAUGAUCACAAGGGCACGUCGUAGGCUUCGCCAGCAGCAGAAUGUUGCACCUUUGGAUCAACAGCGUCCUGCGGGGCAAAAAUCCGUCGCUCUCCCUAAGCUUCAGAUACCCAAGUUUUCGGGAAAAUUACAGGAAUGGCAACAAUUCUGGCAGCAUUUUGAUGCCACCAUCCACUCCAACCAAGCACUGGCUCCGGUCGAGAAGUUUAAGUACUUGGUCUCCUACCUCACUGACGACGCGAAGCGAUCCAUCGAAAGCAUCAGGAUCAGCGGCGACAACUACGACUCUGCGGUCACUCUGCUCACACACAGGUACGGUAGACCGGAACUCCUUACGGCGGAGCACAUCGACCAUUUGCUUGCUCUUCGUCCCAUCUCGAAUUCCCAAAACAUUCCCCAGCUCCGACGUCUUCAUGACGAUGUGACCAUUCGAAUGGCAGCUUUGGAUUCUUUGGGGGUAACUAAGGAUAAAUAUGCGGUUAUCUUGUACCGCGUCAUCACACGAUGCUUGCCCGAAAACCUCUGUGUCCUUUUUCAUCAACGGAGAAGGGAUACAGCCGCAGUACCUCAACCCCAAGGCAACAAUGAAAGCACUGGGAUAGACAAGGCCGCCGAGGAUCUUCAGGCGCUGCUAUCAUUUCUUCAGGUGCAGGUGGAGACUCUGGAAGAGGUGUUGCUCACUCGGGCAGUUUCGCCAGCGUCGGCUGCUCGCAGCAAGAGUCCUAACGAGCCGGUUCGGCUUCCUACAGCCGCUGCCCUAGCCGCUGCAAACGCCGCACCUCCGAAGCGGACUGCUGACGCACGUUCGUCACCCUGUCCCUUCUGUCAUUCGGCGGACCAUCCCUCCGCCUCAUCGCCUCAUCGGCACCGUGAAGGCUGCUCUAAGGCGAUGUCUCGGUAG